AUGUUGUCGACGACGAAUGCCAGGCACGACCUUUCAUCACCCACUCAAAUACGAUCAUCAUCGUUAACAGGGCCGAUGAACCUCUUCAUAAUGAUGGCCAUUUCUAUUACUCUACUCUUGAUCCUAUCUUCCUCAUCAUCCCUAGUGGAAACAGCAAUCAUUCCACUGGUUAUUGGACAAACCAAAUACACACUCAAUACAUCCGAAACUUUUACAAUCAGAGAAUUGGAGAGCCAACAUUCGGAAUCGGAUACCUAUAGCGUUUUAUACAACAUUCCAUUGAUUUAUCAAAGAAAAUCUGAUUCCUCUCUUAUUUCAAUACCUUCCAUGAUUGCUCUCUUUUCAAACACAAGCAAGGCUUAUCUUGUUGUUGAUCCAUAUAAUUUUCCAUUAAGUGUUUCAAAUAUUGAAAGUAUAUCUGGAAUGCUUCCUUCAUUGUUUAAUGAAGACGUGUUUGGAAGUGAGUUCUACAUUCGGAAAUUAUUAGACUGGCAAGGAGUGGAUCCAUCAGUCACUCCGCAAUGCAAUUAUUUAGCAAACUAUGAGACAUCUAAUUCAGAAGCAGAAUAUUCGAAAAACUUGUUUUAUUGUGAUAAUUCUGCAUUAUCCUCACGUCAUGUGUUUAUUCUUUCUUCAAAAUCUGGAUAUAUUCGAUCUAAGCAUGACAAUACAUGCUUACAGUAUAUCGCCAAGACAGAUUCCAAGACCAAUCAAUAUAUUGUAUUUCAAUUCCGUUCAUGUGAACUAUCUCCAUUACAAUUAUUUGGAUAUACUGGUCAGUACAUUUCUGUGAAUCAGAAUGACAAGGUUUUAUUUGUGGCGGAUAGGAUGCCUACUGUCACACGGAUUGUGACUCCUCCUGGAUCGAUUGAUGUUGGACCAGUCAAAGAGUUGAAUGCUUAUGGUCGUAAUCUUCAAUAUCCUUACAGAGCUUAUCAAUUUUAUUUUGAGCCAACCAAUGGAUUCAACAAGACAGUCACUAUCGAUGAAAAUGGACCAUACUUUUACCCUCCGCUCUCUCUUUCGAAUGACACUAAUAUGUAUUAUUCUAAUUUGGUGACAUUUAUCAAUACGAAUUUGAACACAGUGCUACAAACUUCUGUGGUGAAUAGGCUCUAUGUUGGAUAUCAAAGACAGAAACGAUUACCAUUUCCAAUUCCACCUGAUUCCUUGUUGUACACCUAUAUUUUCCUUCCAAUUGCCGUUUUUAUUGGAGGUUUUGUGACAAUGUUCUUUUGUGUCAUGUCUUGUUGGAUAUUUGUUUACAUUAAGAAAAAUUAUUGUAAGCCAUAA